UGUGGGGCGGGGGAGGGAAUAAAAUCAUGAGCUCACACCAAAACACCAAGUUGAGCUUCAGUUACCUUGAAGAAGGACUGCUGCAGCUAUUCAGGCUGCCCCUCCACUCUGCCCCAAAGCCACUGUGGUCCUCCACUCUGCCCCAAAGCCUCUGUGGUCCUGCCCCUCCACUCUGGGCCAAAGCUGCUGUGCUCACUGGGAAGAUCACGUGGGGGAUGGAACCUGCAGGGGUCCGCUCCUCACCGGAAGUGAAUGGUUUAAUAACAGGCUCUUGGGGCGUGGUUCUGCUGUAGUUGAUUUUCACAGUACAAACACUCCUGCUGUGGUCUAUAUGGUCACCACUGUCCUGUCACUGAAUGCUAAGCAGGUUUUUUAUCAUCAAAGAAAGCUUUCUGCUUUACUAUUCUGAGAGUGAAAAGAAGAGCUUUGAAACCAAUAAAUACUUCAAUAUCCAUCCCAAGGGUGUCAUCCCACUGGGCGGCUGCCUGGUGGAGGCCAGAGAAGAACCCAGCAUGCCCUACGCCAUGAAGAUCUCGCAUCAGGACUUCCACGGAAAUGUCUUGUUGGCUGCUGAGUCUGAGUUUGAGCAGACACAAUGGCUCGAGAUGCUGCAGGAGUCUGGGAAGGUGACCUGGAAAAACGCCCAGCUAGGAGAAGCUAUGAUCAAAAGCCUGGAGGCACAGGGGUUACAGCUGGCGAAGGAAAAGCAGGAAUAUUUAGACAAGCUGAUGGAGGAGACGGAGGAACUGUGCCUUCAGAGGGAGCAGAGAGAGGAGCUUGAACGUCUGAACCAGGUGCUGGAGGCCGAGAAGCAGCAGUUUGAGGAGGUGGUGCAAGAGCUGAGGGUGGAGCAAGAGCAGAUCAAGAGGGAGCUAGAACUCACUGCAAGAUGCCUCAAGGGUGUGGAACAAGAGAAGAAGGAGCUGAGGAAUCUCACAGAAUCCUUACAGCGCACCCUGGAGGAACUCUCCAUAGAGAAGAAGAAAACCCUAGAGAUGCUGGAGGAAGAUAAGAACCAGCCACAGCCAUCGACCAAUCAGAGUGAGCAGCCACUUGCCAGUGAUGGACUCCAUAGCAACCUCAGGCAGAUCGAAGAGCGGAUGCAGGAGCUUUUGGCAGAGAAGCUUCUGGCCGAGAAGCGGAUGAAGGAGAAUGAAGAGCGCUCACGGGCCCUGGAGGAGGAACGGGAGUUCUAUUCAAGCCAGUCUCAAGCUCUGCAGAACUCGCUUCAGGAGCUGACUGCGGAGAAGCUGCAGGCUGAGCGGGAACUCAAGGCUGAAGUGAAGGUACGCAUGGACCUGGAGAGACGACUUCGCGAGGCAGAGGCAGCCUUGCGGAGCCUGGAGCAAGGGCUCAAUUCCAAGGUUCGGAACAAGGAGAAGGAAGAGAGGAUGCGGGCUGAUGUGAGCCACCUGAAAAGGUUUUUCGAGGAGUGCAUCCGCAAUGCAGAGCUUGAGGCCAAGAUGCCGGUCAUCAUGAAGAACUCCGUGUACAUCCAUAAGGCUGCCACUCGUCGCAUCAAGAGCUGUCGUUUCCACCGUCGCCGGUCCAGUACCUCCUGGAAUGACAUGAAGCCCUCCCAGUCCUUCAUGACCUCCCAGCUAGAAGCCAACAACAUAGAAGAGCUAAAGGAGGUGGCCAAGCGGCUGAGCCGAGACCAGCGCUUCCGAGAAUCCAUCUACCACAUCAUGGCCACCCAGCCUGGGGCCACUGCACUCCCCCGGGGUGGAAAGUGAUGGUAAUCCUCUCCCACCUCCUCUCUCUCUCCUUGGUAGGGUAGGAGGGAGGCCUGACUCCUCGGCUCCUCUCCACCAGAGCACCCCUAGAGGAGGGGUACCCUUAUUCUCGAAGGAGGUGAUAAGUCCCUCUGUUUUACGUCGAGCCCUGACCUUGGAGAUCAGAAGAGAGUGUUGGAGUCUCUGGAACUGGAGUUCUAGAUGGUUGUGAUCCACUAUGUGGGUGCUGGGAAUUGAACCUGGGUCCUCUGGAAGAGAUCACAAGUGCUCUUAACCACUGAGCCAUCUCUCCAGGCCUGAGCCCUGACCUUGGGUCUACACUAGGUAGGUGGCUCCACACUGGAUGCUACCUGGUUGUCAUGAUGAGGCCCGACUGUGUGUGGUAUCUGUUGGUAAGGAAGAGAAAAUGUCUAUUCCACAAGGGUAGGCAGGGCCUGCCCACUGGCUGAGGACUGGAAAAACCUUCCCUGGUGCCAUCUGUGACUCCACUGCUCUGCCCCUGGUCGCAGGACCCCCCCCCCCAACUCUCUCUUUGCCCCUGUUCCUCCUAUACAACCUUUGUCCAGGCUCCUCACUUAGUCCACGUCCUUGGAGAGGGAAGAGCGGGACCUAAGACACAACCCCACACCCUCCCUGCAGUAUUCUAUUUUCUGGGGGCUGCCCUGGCUGUAGGGCCACCCAGGAGAAGUGUGUGAUCCCACUUGGGGAAAAUCAGCCCUGAUUGGGAGCGCUCAACCCAGGAUGUUCCCCAGAGUACACACAGCCCGAUCAGGAGUGGGGAAGCCAAGGCUCCUGUAUCAUCCACAGUCAGGCAGAGCUUUGGCUGCCUCAGGCUGCUGUGGCCCUACUGCUACAGACCACAGAGGUCUGUCUCCUUCCCAGCUGGCUCUGCUUGCUGCCUCCGCUCCCAGAAGUGGCUUCACUCAGUGAACCAAUGCAGCCGUGAACCCACCACAGGGGAACAUGGGCCCGUGGGGAGCCAGCAGCCAUUGGCUGGUUCGUUGCUGUUGUCAUGGCGACACUGUAACACCAGCCUGCAGAUUUUGUGGAAGACCACUAUGUUUUAGGACGCCAAGGACCGCGUUCCUCAUCUGUGACAGUCUCUAGGGGCUCAUCCCUCGGAAGCAGCCUGAGUCUAUCAUUCUCUCCGAACAAGACUGGGGGAGGGCUAGUGGAGAGGCGGUGCCGUUGUUAAGGACACUUGAUGCUCUUACAGAGGACCCAGAUUUGGUUCCCAGCACCCACAUGGUGUCUCACAUCUGUAACUCCAUUGCCGGGAGAUCCAACACCCUCUUCUGACCACCACAGGCACCAGAC